AUGGAAAGAGAGCAUGCGAAUGAAGAAGUUAUGGAGAAGAUAGUAAAAAAUAACAAAUAUUUAUAUGUUCAAAAAAAUUAUGCAAUUAAUAUGAAUGGGAAUAGUAACAUUAGUACAAACGAGCAAGAGAUCGGUUCGUUUGACUUUCAUUUACAAAAUAGUGAACAAACUGAAAAAAAUCCACAAAUCCGCAAUAUGAUCGAACUAAAGAAUAAGCACAAACAUAAGCAUAGACAUAGGCAUAAUAAAAUUCCACAUACAAUACCUUUGUCACUUCUUUUUAAUAACAUAAAUGAGCGUCAUGUUAUAGAGAAAGAUAAAAUAAAUAACUCUAGUAGUACUAUCGUAUAUAUUCGUAGAAAAAAUAAAUUAAAAAAAAUAUCAAUUUUAGAUCAUUUGAAAAAGCUUAAUAAAAAAUGUAAAUUUAUUAAUUAUAUAUUAUAUAGUGAUUUGCAUCAUGAAUAUCAAGAUGGGUUAAGGAAGUCUCGAGUAAAUGUUGAUGGAGUUUCUAUAUCCAAAAUUGGGCAUAGUGUUAAUAAUUUAAAUGAUGGAAAAAAUAGCAUAGUAACAAAUAUGCAAAAUAGGAGGAAAUAUAUUGAUAUAGUAGAACCUGAACAGAGCGCCAUAAACAAAGUCGGUAUUAUAAAUAAUAACAAUGAAGUUAUCAAACUAUCGAGGAGUGUACAAAACAAAUCAAUAAGUUUUAAUGAAAAUAAUAAUAUAUAUAAUAGUUCAAAUCAAUUAUAUUGUGUAAAAAGGAAUGAUAUAUAUGAAGAAAAAGAAAAUAAAAAAAGAGUGAAACAUGAUGAUAUAUAUAUUAAUAUAAAUAUGAAUAAAUUAUUAUAUAUAUAUAAAUGUAUGCAUAUACAAUGUAUGCACAAUUUAACUCCUCUAUGUUCUCUCUUAAAUAAUUAUGUACCUAAUGAUUGUAGUAUAACUAAUUUUUUUAGCAAUUCAUAUAAUAAUUAUUUUGUUAAUAAUAUUUUUUUUCACAAUUUUUUUUAUACAUAUGAUAAUAAUCUUGUUUUGUUACUCAAUUCUGGAAACAUGGAUCCAGUUAGAUAUACAUGUGGGCAAUAUGAAGAAUAUGGAAAUAAAAAUUAUUGCAAAAAUAGUAGUGGCAUUCCUCCAUUUUUAGAUCAUAAUGAUAAAAAGAAAAUGUUGGGAAAAAAUAGAGAUAAAGAUUUAUAUCAAUUAUACAAGGAUGAAGAAACGAAUACCCAAAUUAGUAGUCGACCCAUAUUGAUAAGAGAUAAUAAUCAUUGUGAUGGAAAUAUGUUAGCAUUUGAUAACACAAGAGAAAUAAGUGAAAAGUUGAUAAAGAAUAUACGUCAAUAUCAACCUGAGUGUGAAAUGCAAAAGAGUUUUACAAUUUCCAAAACAGCGGAAAAAUAUAUUGAAAAGAUAUUACUACUUUUAUAUAAUAAUAUAGAUUUAAAUGAACGAGAUAAAAUAAAUGGGAAUAGUAAAGACUUGUGUGAUAAAAUGACAACUGAUGGAACAAAAGAAUUUGAUAAUUUAUUUGAAUACAUAGAUAAAAAUUUAAAUAAUUGUUUAAGAAAAAAAUAUAAUUUUAUUUAUAAUAUUACAGAUCAAAAAAAUAAUUUAUCAUAUUUAAAAACGGGUGCAAUAAUAUCUCAUCCAUUUUUACCUGUCUAUGCUCUUGUACAUAUAAAUAAUGAAAAAAAAAUGAACACAGACAAUGAAUUAGAUAAAUAUAAAUUUAAAAUAAGAUUAUGUAAAUUUACAAAUAAAUCAGAUGAUAUAUCCUAUAAAUAUGGGGACAUAAUUACAAGUGUUUUAUGGAAUACAAAUGGAAAUUUAUUAAUAAUAUCGGAUGAUCGAGGUUAUUUAUAUAUUUAUAAUAUAUUUUUAGGAAAUUUUAUACAAAGAAAAAACAAAAAUAAAUUACAUCAUAGUCAAGGGAAUGAUAUAACAGGAACAAACACAAAUGCGGAUAAUAAUGUGAAUGGUUCAUCUUAUGAUGUUAAUAAAAAACGAGAUACAUUGAAAAAUGUGUCAAAAUAUAAAAAAAGCAAUUCAAAACGAUAUAAUAAAAGUGAAUCAUAUUAUGAUAAAGAAACGGAUGGGAAUGAAGAAUAUUUUCACUAUGAUGAUGACGAUGAAAAUGAUGAAAAUAAUGGAGAAGAUAACGAAUAUGAAUGGAUAGAACAAUAUGGAGAAGAAAGAUAUGAAUAUGAUGAAGAAGGAGAUUUUGAUGGAACUGAUGAAUAUGAUGGUGUUGAUGAUAUUGAAAGAGAUGGUGAAUUAGGUGAAUUUGAUGAACAUGUUAAACAAGCCAAAAAUAUAGAAUCGGAACAACGAAAAAAUGAGAAAAAUAAAAUGAGUGAUAAUAAAUAUAAUUUUACAAGUAGUGAAGCAAAAUAUUCUAAAAAGAAAAAGAGUGAUGAUACUAGUUUUGGAAGUAAAAUAAAAGGAAAUAAUAAAAUACGGAAUUUUUUUAAAGAUAAUUUUUUAAAAAAAAAUAAAAAUAAAAGUUCCUUGGAUGUAGAUGAUAAUAAUUUUUAUUUAAUUACAAUUGGAAAAGGAAUAAAUACAAAAUGUAUAAACAAUCAUACAACAUAUAUAAAUUCAAAUUAUAUACAAAAUGAAUUUAAUCAAGACAAUUUUAUUUCUCCAAAAGAAACUAUGAAUAUGAAUAGUCAAGAUCAUUUUUUAAAAACAAAUUUAGCAAAAGAUAAAAAUAGUUCCGAUCGUAAUAUGUCAACGCAUGUUGAAGAUAAGCGUCUAACCAUACCAUCUCAACAAUGUAACGUAAAUAAUAUAAUUCAAAUGAAUCACCAAAACGAAAUAACAGAUGAAUAUAACAAUGGCUACUCAUGUAAUGAUACAUAUACUACAACUAGUAAACAAGAUGAACAAUAUUUUAAUAUGACAAACAAAUAUGAAGAUUGUGAAAAAUGGACUGAAUCGAAUGUUAAUCAACAUGGUGGACAAAGUUGUGAUAAUGUAGGUGGAAAAAAUUUAGAUUUAAAAAAAAAAAAAAAUUAUAAAGAGGUUGAAAGAAAAAGUGCUAAUAAUAUUGACACAUUUUUAAAUCUCCAUGUUUUUAAAAAGAAGCAUUCCUAUUUUAAAUCUCGAUUUUUUUAUUUCGAUUCACCAAAUAUUGUAUUUUUCAAUAAGCAUAAGAAAUUAAAAAAUAUAUUACAAGAGAAUUUAUGUAUAUGUGUGUGGGAUUUAUGUUCAAUGCUAACGAAUGAGCAAAAAACAUAUUUACUAGAUAAAAAAAAUAUGAAUGUUAAUAAAAAUGUGAAUGCUAAUGAUAUAGGUGGAAAUGGAACAUCAAAUAAUGUUAGUUUUGAGGGUGGGCAAGAUACUAUAAAAAGUAGUAGCAUUAAUAAGGAAAAAGAUAAAAAAUUACAAAACAUUAUUUUACAUCCAACAUUGGUAUGUAUUAUUAGUAAUAUAUCAAAAUAUAAAAAUCAAAUGAAUAAAAAUAAGAAUACUGAAAAUGAAAAUUUUAUAACAUCUUUUUGUUCUUGGAUAAGUCCUACUAAUUACAUGAACAAGAUUGAGAAUCCAUUUGAAAAAGAACAAAAUGAAAAAAUAAAAAAACAAAAAAAAAGAGUUCAUAAAAAUUAUUAUAGUGAUCAAAUUAUGAGCAGUUCUAAUAUUCCAAAUCAGGGCAAUCCAAAUGAUUUCCCUAAUAGUACUAUAAUACGUAGUAUCAAACAAAAUAAAAAUAAUAAAAUAAUAAUAAAAGCUAAAAAAACGAGUAAACAAAAGAAAAGUAUGUUUUGGAACUUUUUUAAAAAUAAAAUAUAUUCAAAUAAUUUCUCGGGAGAUUCUUACAUAUUUUAUGGAGAUCAAAUGGGAUAUAUACACAUUAUUCAUUUGCAAACAUAUAAAGAAAUUUUAUGUUUUAAGGCCUUUGACGUUCCAAUAUUUAAAAUAUUUAUAACAAAAAUAGAUGCGAUUACUAAGUUGCUAAUAUUGGCAGAUACAAAGCUUCGAAUAUACGAAAUAGUGGGUCCACGAGAAAUUUGCUUUAUAAAGGAGGUUGAAAUAAAUCAUGAAUUGUCACCUAAGAAAUGUAUCUGUGAAGAAAAUUUAAAUGAAUUAAAAGAGAAAAGAAAAAUAGAAGAUAAUGAAAAUGAAGGAAUGUCGAUAUUUAAUUUGUCCUAUUUCUUAUCAUCAAAUUAUCAUAAAAAAAAUAAUAGUACAAGAAGUGAAGAAAAAGUUAAUAUAAUAAAUAAUGCAUCGAAAAAUAAAAUAAAUUUUGAAAACGUAAAUACAUUAAGUGGUACAGUAUCAACACUUGAUAAUAUGACACAAAUAAAAAAUAAAACUAAUACAAGUAUAUCUAAAGAUUCUUAUAAUAAUAAUGCAAAAAAUAGUAGUAUUAUUUAUAAAAAUUCAAUUAGUAAUUCAUCUUUUGGAUCAAUUAAUAAUUUUAAAAAUAUGUCUGAUAGUGAUGAUGGUAAUAAAGAUGCUUAUCAAAGUGUUAUAAUUGGGGGUAUAAAUUUUGGAUAUUUAGGUCUUAAUUUUUCAAAAUUUAUUAAUAAUAAAAAGAAUAAAAAAAUAAUUGAUGCCUACUUAUUAACAAAUUCACAUUUAGUUACUAUAUCAAGUAAUGGAACAAUUAUUUUGAUUAAAAUUUAG